CCUUGGAGCGAUAAACAGACCGGCCGCCAGUCUCUCCCGUACGCACGUCUCCCACGGGCGCCAGAGGUCCGUCCCCCAGACAGUGUUGUGGCGACCGUAGCCACACAUGGAAGACGCUCGGGAAGCGCAAUUGCUGCUUCACACCCGCCGCCUUCCCUCAGAUCCAUUAUUGGUAUCCUGUAAAGUACCUGGAACCUUGGCACAUCUGCAUACCACAAGCAAAGAAUACAAGAAUUGCUGCUCCAUACGCAGCCAUCCUUUUCCUCCCAGUUUAGUUGAUUAACUCUCCUGGUGCGGGUUGUGACCGCAUUAGGUUUGUAAAUCAACUCCCUCCCUCCUUCCCACCUUGUAUUGCUUGAGUAGAAUUUUGGAAGUGCAUUAUUUACCAGGUGAAGGCUGUUGGAACUGCAAUCAAAACACCAUCUUUCCAGUUCAGUUGUUCUGAGUAUUAGCUGUGCCUGUGUUGAAGAUUCUCUGAAGGAAGUGGAAUCUAAGAGUACUAAGGCUCCAAGAGCUACUUUUCAAGCCCCAAUCAAUUCCUUCCCACUUCAGUUGAUUAACUCUCCUGGUGCGGGUUGUGACCGCAUUGGGUUUGUGAAUCAACAUCCUCCCCACACCCCUAUUUCUUAUUGGUGCUGCCUGUGUUGAAGAUUUUCUGCAGGACGUGGAAUCUAAGAGUACUGCCUUUAACAAGUGAAGGCUCCAAGAACUACUUUUCAAGCCCCAAUUAAUUCCUUCCCAGUUCAGUUGAUUAACUUUUCUGGUGCGGGUUGUGACCGCAUUGGAUUUGUGAAUCGACAUCCUCCCCACACCCACAUUUCUCAUUGGCGCUGCCUGUGUUGAAGAUUCUCUGAAGGAAGUGGAAUUUAGUGUUGCCUUGAACAAGGUUGCAAGAGCUGCCCCUCCAAAUCCCAUCACCUCGUUCCCAUUUCAGCUUAUUAACUUGUCUAGUGUGGGUUAUUACUGCAUUUGAUAAGUAGAAUUUACAGUUACUGAAAUGGUUGCUCCAUAUGAAAUUGGUGACCCUGUACGCUCAUUUGUCCGUGUUCCUGGUAGCGGAACAGAUAAGGUGGCCAAGCCUAUUUGUUGGGAUCUCUCUCGUUCAUCCACAGUUGCUGGAGCAGCACCUGUUCAACAAACUCUACCAUCAGCAAUCCCAGUAACUACAUUGAUAAAACCAACAAAAUCUCAUAAUGAAGACAACCCUACUAAUGAAGAGCAAGGUGCCGUGGCCCAAGCUGUCCAUCAGACACAGGAAGCAAGGCAGAAUUCGUCUGUUACAAAAUCCACCAGUGAAAAUAUAUCUGCAAACAAUGAACAAGAAGGAUCUGUGGUACAACCAGCAAUCCCAGCUGAAGGAGCAAGUCAGAAUAUACCACCUAAGCCACUUGAUGAACAGUCGGUAGGUGCACGCAAACGUAAAGCCAUAGUUGAGUCUGGAAGAUUAGAACAUGAGGAGAGCACGGUUGAAUCCUGUGCAUGUCGUAAAAUUGCACGUGUGGCCGAGGAAGGAGGGGAAAGCAAUUCGGCUGAUAAUCACAGAACUAACAUGUCAUCAGAAGUUCAGGGAGUAGUAGCAAAGCCAGUUUCAAGUGAAGUAUCAAAAUUAAUUAAAGAGCGUGAUCAACUACGUGAAGAAAAUUUGGAGCUCCAAAAGAGAUUGGCCCUAUUUCAUGACCUCUUCAAGAAUAAGAAGCGUUUGACAAUGUUUGUUAGGCGCUUGGGCAUACCGACAAACUAACAAGAGCCGAAUGAAAAUGCCAUUCUGCUUGCUCUUGGCUCAUGACAGCUCAUGAUAUUGGUGUUGACUCACAGAACUGCUCCAGGAGAAUAACUGUUACACGUCAGAUUUAUUGUGUAUAUUGGUUGAUGCACACUGCUGCUCAUGCACGCUGCAGUCAUUUCAUUGGGUAUGGUCAGGAUGCCUCUUGGAGAUCACCUGGUAGAAAUUUACCCGAUUCUUUUGGCAAAGAUUUGGAUAUAGAAAAUAUUCAGUGGUUUGUUGCAGUGUGUAUUUGAUAAAGCUUUAACCAUAAAUGCCAGCAUAGAGAGAAAUGUUCAAUUUAAUAGUUGCAUUUGUUGGUCACUUGUAAAUAAUGAUAAAAGAAAGUACAAUUUAUUCAUACUGUAGUAUAAUUUUUUAGGCUUGCAAAGAUGUUUAAGGUACAUUUAAAGUGUGGGAGAACACUACUCCAUUGAUGUAACAGUAAUAAACCACUGUGUAGACUGUAAUUUUCAAAUUUUUUUAAUAUUAGUUGUUCCAAAAUAGUGUUGAUAUUCUGCUCAAAAUUGUACAUGGUGCAGUGCACCUGAUAAUACCACCUAACCUAGGUCUUACCAAUUUACAGUAGUACAAACUACACUUCAGCAGUAGUAUGGGAAAUUAGUUUUAAUGUAUGAACAAUAUACUCACACUGUAUUAUGAAAACAUGACCAAAAUGUUUCUGCUAGACAUAUAAGGUAUCAUGUCUUACGGCAAUUGUAUUUUUUAUUUGUAUAUGCAACAUUACACACAAAAGAGGUAACUAUAUAAUGAAGAUAUGUAUUACCCCAGAAGUUUGCCAUUGAACCAAAACAAGCUUAUAUCUACAGCUGUUAAAGGUUUUACAUAAAACUGCAUGUGCAUGCAUAUAUGUAUAAAAUUUUGUAUUUUAAAACUUUGUACCUCAUUAAACAAUAAGGACUGGUUGCAUAUACUGUGUAUAUUGUCAUUAAUGAAGGAUUUUGUUAUCACAUUCCUUAUGAUCUAAGAUGGAAUGAUUCUGUUCUUUUCGAGAAAAUGUUAUUUUCUUCCGUAUUCCUCCUAAGUAUAGAAAAGGAGUGUCACACACUAGAUGAUUGGGAGUGUCACACUCUAGAUGAUUGGGAGUGUCACACUCUAGAUGAUUGGGAGUGUCACACUCUAGAUGAUUGGGAGUGUCACACUCUAGAUGAUUGGGAGUGUCACACUCUAGAUGAUUGGGAGUGUCACACUCUAGAUGAUUGGGAGUGUCACACUCUAGAUGAUUGGGAGUGUCACACUCUAGAUGAUUGGGAGUGUCACACUCUAGAUGAUUGGGAGUGUCACACUCUAGAUGAUUGGGAGUGUCACACUCUAGAUGAUUGGGAGUGUCACACUCUAGAUGAUUGGGAGUGUCACACUCUAGAUGAUUGGGAGUGUCACACUCUAGAUGAUUGGGAGUGUCACACUCUAGAUGAUUGGGAGUGUCACACUCUAGAUGAUUGGGAGUGUCACACUCUAGAUGAUUGGGAGUGUCACACUCUAGAUGAUUGGGAGUGUCACACUCUAGAUGAUUGGGAGUGUCACACUCUAGAUGAUUGGGAGUGUCACACUCUAGAUGAUUGGGAGUGUCACACUCUAGAUGAUUGGGAGUGUCACACUCUAGAUGAUUGGGAGUGUCACACUCUAGAUGAUUGGGAGUGUCACACUCUAGAUGAUUGGGAGUGUCACACUCUAGAUGAUUGGGAGUGUCACACUCUAGAUGAUUGGGAGUGUCACACUCUAGAUGAUUGGGAGUGUCACACUCUAGAUGAUUGGGAGUGUCACACUCUAGAUGAUUGGGAGUGUCACACUCUAGAUGAUUGGGAGUGUCACACUCUAGAUGAUUGGGAGUGUCACACUCUAGAUGAUUGGGAGUGUCACACUCUAGAUGAUUGGGAGUGUCACACACUAGAUGAUUGGGAGUGUCACACUCUAGAUGAUUGGGAGUGCCACACUAGAUAAGGAAUGUGAUUUCCAGUCACUGCAGUCAAAUUAUAUACAUAUACUGUAAGCAGUAUAUAUAUAUUGUCAUUUCCAGUCAAAAGCAGUGGAGUAAUACAGAAUAUAUUUUGGAUAAGAGGCAUUUUAGGGUAACAGUUGGCAUAUUCAAAUGUACAUGGCUGUCUGAAGUUAGGCACACUAAAGCAGAGUGGUUAUAUGUACCUACUGGAAUGAAUUCUUAAGAGUUGAGCUUUGUUUGCUACUUGUCUAAAGCAAGAGGUCAUUGCAGUUCAUCCUUGUGGCAAAGAGCCAGUUUUAUAGCCGAGGUGAUUUCCAGUCACUGAAGUUAUUUCCUUGUGGCAAAGAGCCAGUUUAUAGCUGAGGUGAUUUCCAGUCACUGCAGUUAUUUCCUUGUGGCAAAGAGCCAGUUUAUAGCUGAGGUGAUUUCCAGUCACUGCAGUUAUUUCCUUGUGGCAAAGAGCCAGUUUAUAGCUGAGGUGAUUUCCAGUCACUGCAGUUAUUUCCUUGUGGCAAAGAGCCAGUUUAUAGCUGAGGUGAUUUACAGUCACUGCAGUUAUUUCCUUGUGGCAAAGAGCCAGUUUUAUAGCUGAGGUGAUUUACAGUCACUGCAGUUAUUUCCUUGUGGCAAAGAGCCAGUUUAUAGCUGAGGUGAUUUCCAGUCACUGCAGUUAUUUCCUUGUGGCAAAGAGCCAGUUUUAUAACUGAGGUGAUUUCCAGUCACUGCAGUUAUUUCCCUGUGGCAAAGAGCCAGUUUAUAGCUGAGGUGAUUUCCAGUCACUGCAGUUAUUUCCUUGUGGCAAAGAGCCAGUUUUAUAGCUGAGGUGAUUUCGUCACUGCAGUUAUUUCCUUGUGGCAAAGAGCCAGUUUAUAGCUGAGGUGAUUUCCAGUCACUGCAGUUAUUUCCUUGUGGCAAAGAGCCAGUUUAUAUCUGAGGUGAUUUCCAGUCACUGCAGUUAUUUGCUUGUGGCAAAGAACCAGUUUAUGGCUGAGGUGAUUUCCAGUCACAGCAGUUUUAAGUUUAUAGAUAUCCUCAAUAUGAUAUUGUAAUAUGUUCACCUGCUCCUUAGUCUCUUUGUCCUAUUUUUUUUUCUUUUAACAUUGGUAGCUUAAAGUUUAGUAUAACAAAUUUGAUAUGACCUGGUAAUUGCAAUUACAUUGCUACUUAUGUGACAAGUUAUACUAGUUACACUUACGCUUCUUUUGUUGGUUUGUAAAUAUUACUUCAGACAUGCUUUAUUUAGUGUUUAUAUUUAUACUUUAAGUGUUUCUUAUUGAAUUAGGCUUGCUUAAUAAUUCUUUCUUAGCUGUGUUUAACUUGUCCUAAAAUUGUCUUUUCAUUUAGUGUAAUCUAGAGAAAAAUGAUAAAGGAUGUAAAGCGAAGCUUAAAUUUUUAUGUAGAAUGCUUCGGAACCCCUUUUUCCAGUAACAAACAUCAUUUAAUAGGAUAAACCCACACUAAAGUUUUUGUGUAUUUUAUGUAAAAAUUUGAAAAUACAAAGUCUGCCGAGUAUGUGGUUUGUACGAGGCUUACGUCUCGACGACAAAUACAGUUGCUACCCAUGAUCCAGCCCUCUUAUUCUUAACUUCCUGAUCUUGUCAUCUCCAUUCCCUACUGCCGAGCUCUCUAGGUAAUUAUUUUUUUGAGAUAUAUACAAGAGUUGUUACAUUCUUGUACAUUAUGAUCAGUUGUCCAUUCUAUCAUUGGAAUUCUGAGAGCUGGGGUUGUUACUAAUAAAGGUAUUCGUCCGGAUGGUAUUCCUCAUAUCUCCCUCUGUACCCAAAGGAGUGUUGCUAUUUGUACUACUGUACUUUACUUACAUUUAUCCCUCUAUUCAAAAUUCAGUAGUCCCAAUAGCUGCUCUCCUUUGGAUAUGGAGGAAGAUGAAAGGAAUAUCAUCUGGACAAAUUCAUUUAUUAAGAGCAAUCCUAGGAUGACAGAAAGGACAACUGAUCAAUAAUUCCCUAGAAGACAUCGCCUUGGGAAUGGAGGCGACAUGAUCAGGUCAAGAAUAAGAGAGCUAGAUCCCUGGGUAGUAACCUUAUUAGUCAUAGAGAUGCAAGUCUUGUCCUAACCAUAUAUUGUACUCAAGAGACUUGAUAUAGUUUAAAUCUUUACAUAAAUACACAAAAACAUAACAUUAUUGUGUGUUUUUAUCCUGUUAAUGUGUGAUAAGACAUUACCAUUACUUAGUCAAUUUAAUGUUCAGCAUAUACACAUGGGUGUGUGUAUGCAGUACAAUACAUAGGCGGGAAAAUCGAAUGUGUCUGGCUUACCCCUCAUCUUGGAUUUUUCAAAUGGAUAUUAGAGAGGAGUUAUUCACAAUAAUAAUAGGGCUCCAUGUGGUACUUUUUUCUUUGUAUACAGUCGAUAUUUACACUUCAACAGUUUAAUAAUUAAUAUGUAAAUCAAAGUCUGGUACAAUAUGUGAAUUGGAAAAUUAAUCACAUGUGAUUAAUUUUUCACUGAAACUUUACUUGCUUAUGUUAUUUGUCAGAAAUUUAGACAGUGAGAUUGCUAAUUAUUUACAUUGAAUUUCCCUGGGUUUCAACAUUGAUUCAAUUUUAUCCAACUGUAUUAAGUGCUUUUUAAACAUGUAUGUUUUCACCUAGUUUCAUACUGUAUAAGCAUUGAUGCACUGUAAUUAAGUUCUGAACAUCAUGUGUAAAUUUUGAAUUGCUAGCAUUGCACAAUGUCAAGACUUAUAUUUUGUUAUGAUCUCCUCAUCUACAGUAUUCUAUGUUGAAACACUUUCUAAUGUUUUUAACACACCACUUUGUUUUUCUGUUUAAAAAUGUGCAAUUGAUAAUAUAUAGAUGAAUAUUUAAGCAAAUUAAAAUAUUCAGUACUAUUCUAUUUGAUGGUCUAUGCCUAGAGCCUUUUAAUAUAAUAUCCUUUUUAUUACUGUAUAGUAAUAUCUGCACUUAUUUGUCAUAAUUGUUUACUUGACAAGACUUUGAGUUGAAGUAUCUUGUUUAAGUUAUUCAUAAAUUUCUUAUUCUUUGCUUUGGAUAUGUUUUGUAUAACAUGGUUUGUGUAAUAAACAGCAGCAUUAUU